AUGCUGCAGCUCAGACAGAGAUGGAUGAGGCUGAUGUGCUUGUCGGUUCUGUGUCUGUGUCUCUGCCUGCCAAGGGAAUCAAACGCCAGGAGAGCCCCCAAGAUACCCCGCUGUCCUGCGACCUGUUCCUGCACCAAAGACAGUGCCUUCUGUGUGGAUACCAAGGCUAUCCCCAAGAGCUUCCCCCCUGGAAUCAUCUCUCUGACGAUGGUGAACGCAGCCUUUACUACAAUCCCAGAGGGAGCUUUCUCGCACCUUCACCUACUGCAGUUCCUGCUUUUGAACUCCAACACAUUCACCAUGAUUGCUGAUGAUGCCUUUGCUGGUCUGUCUCACCUGCAGUACCUGUUCAUUGAGAAUAAUGACAUUCAGGCUCUUUCAAAGUUUACCUUCAGAGGACUCAAAUCCCUGACUCAUCUAUCUCUCUCAAACAACAACCUGCAGCAGCUGCCAAGAGAUCUCUUCAAACAUCUAGACAUCCUCACUGAUUUAGACCUGCGGGGAAAUUCUUUCCACUGUGACUGUAAAAUCAAGUGGCUGGUAGACUGGAUGGAGAAAACCAACACUUCUGUUCCUGCCAUCUACUGUGCCAGCCCCUUUGAAUUCCAGGGACGCAGAAUCCACGAUCUUGCGCCACGAGACUUCAACUGCAUCAGCGCAGAUUUUGCUGUUUAUGAAACCUUCCAUUUCCACUCUGUGUCAGUGGAGUCCUAUGAGUUCAAUGGGGAUCAGUUUGUGGCCUUUGCUCAGCCUGAUUCAGGGUUCUGCACCUUGUAUGUGUGGGAUCAUGUGGAGAUGGUCUUCCGGGGGUUUCAUAACAUUACCUCUCGCUCUGCUGUGUACUGCAAACCAGUGGUGAUAAACAGCAGUCUUUACAUGGUUGUGGCUCAACUUUUUGGUGGAUCUCAUAUCUACAAGUGGGAAGAGGACCCACAGCGCUUUGUAAAAAUCCAAGACAUCGACACCACUCGCGUGAGGAAGCCCAACUUUGUGGACACCUUUCAGCUGGAUGGGGAGUGGUACUUUAUAGUAGCCGACAGCUCCAAAGCAGGCUCCACCAGCAUUUAUCGCUGGAACAGCAAUGGUUUCUACUCCCACCAGUCCCUCCAUCCCUGGCAUCGGGACACACAUGCGGAGUUCCUUGAUGUCGGGGGAAAGCCUCAUCUCAUUCUCUCCAGCGCCUCUCAGCCGCCGGUGGUUUACCAGUGGAACCGAAGCCAGAAGCAGUUUGCUUUCUACUCCCAAAUCACAGAGCUAGCAGAUGUGCAGAUGGUUAAGCACUUUUGGGUGAGGAAAGUUCUUUACCUUUGCCUCACACGCUUCAUUGGUGACUCCAAGAUCCUUCGCUGGGAAGGGCAGCGUUUCGUAGAGAUCCAGACUCUUCCCUCCCGGGGCUCGAUGUCAGUGUAUCCUUUCACGGUGGGCCUCCGCCAGUACCUCAUUCUUGGAAGUGAUUUCUCCUUCUCCAGAGUAUAUCUGUGGGAUGACCUCACUCAGCGCUUUCAGCCCUUCCAGGAGCUCAACAUGAGAGCCCCGCGGGCGUUCAGCUUGGUAUCUGUCGACAACAAGGACAUGCUGCUGGCUGCCAGCUUCAAAGGCAACACCCUGGCCUACCAGCACCUGGUGGUGGAUCUCAGUGCCAAGUAGACAUGUUACAGUCAGAGCGAAAGGAAGUAUUUCUCUGCAUAUAUCAACAUGUGCCAAAUAAAUGACAGACUGCAAAAUGUUCAAGCCAUGUAACUAAAGGUCUGCUGUUUCACCUGAUGUUUUAAGCGAGGCAACUAAUGAAAUGACUAAUCUAUUUUUAUGCACUAUGCCUAAACAUCUGAAUGAAAUGAUGUGAUAAUACACAGCAUCAGUAACAUGCCAACAUAAGUGUCAUGUCACUGCCGCAUCACUGCUUCUGUUCUGCCAACCAUAUAUAUAUCCAGGCCAAUUAUUUUUUGAAAGUAUUGUAUUUUAAACUGUACUUUAUCAAUGUGAGAAUGAUGUGCAUGUGCAUUUUACUGAAUUAUUCACUGGAUGAGACUGGAUAUUGUAAUUGACUGUAAAACUAUGA